UCAGAUGGAGCCUUCAUAACACUCCUCAAAUAUUCCAAGCUGGACAAUUCUCCAUUUUGUCGAUUCUUUGCUUGAGUUAAUCAGAAAAGUUCAUAUCUUUAACCCAUUAAUCGACGUCUGAGGAAUUCUAGAAAUGGCCAAGCACAUCCAAUUCCAUCAAACUGAUUCAGAGUCAGAGACUCAAGCGGAUUCACCCUCUCGAUUCGAUUCAACUCACCAACCCAAUUCCAAGGCUGCCCAGCACCAAAACGGGAUGACCGACAAGCAACGGCGUGAUAGAUCAGAGGCUCUAGCUCAAGCUCAAAGACAAUUACCCAUUUAUGCUGGCAAAGAGGCGAUAAUCAACGAAACUUGGAAUAAUGAUACGAUCGUCGUCUUGGGAGAGACCGGAUGCGGUAAAACGACUCAGAUACCACAAUACCUUAUCGGACCGGAAUACCAGAAACUUUCAAAUAACUCAACCAAACCUAUCAAAGUCGUUGUCACACAGCCCAGACGUGUCGCUGCAAUGUCAUUGGCAACCCGGGUCUCCGAGGAAGUUGGCUGUCGACUUGGGACCACAGUUGGCUAUACCGUUCGAUUUGAUGAUUGCAGCGAGCAGAAAACAAGGCUCAAAUAUGUCACCGACGGGACGUUGUUACAAGAGAUGCUCUCGGACAAGCUACUAUCAAACUAUGACAUUGUGAUCAUUGACGAGGCCCACGAGCGUUCACUACGUACAGAUAUGCUACUAGGAUUUUUAAAAGGGAUCCAGAGGACCCGUCGAACUAUGGUCGAAGAGGGCUCCGAUUUCCCGAAAAGGAAAUCUUCUGAUAGUCAACAAGGUAAACCUGCCCGAGCGUUGAAAGUGAUCAUCAUGAGUGCGACAAUCGAUGCCGAGCGAUUCAGUCAGUUUUUUGACGAUGCAAAGAUUCUCUACGUCAAAGGUCGUCAACACCCAGUCACCUUGUUCUAUGCACAAGAGCCCCAAGAAGACUACGUCGAAUCUGCCGUCAAGACCUCAUUGCAGAUACACGCCAAAUAUCCGCUAGGCGACGUGCUUAUCUUUCUGACGGGUCAAGAUGAGAUCGAAAACAUGCAAGCGCAGCUACAGAUGUAUGCCGACGAUCUGACACCGACGAUGCCCAAAAUGAUGAUCUGCCCGCUCUAUGCCAAGCUUCCGCCUCACCUGCAACAAAAAGUCUUCCAACGAACCCCUCCCAAUUUUCGAAAGUUCAUCCUCUCAACCAACGUAGCCGAGACCUCGAUCACGAUCCCCGGGGUGAGCUAUGUGAUCGAUACCGGGUUUGCCAAGGUCAAGCGCUUUCAUAGUAUGGCCGGCGUCGAAGAAUUGCGCGCCGAGCCCAUCAGCCAAUCUUCUGCAAAUCAGCGCACGGGUAGAGCCGGUCGAGAGUGCCCUGGAAAAUGCUGGAGACUCUAUUCACAAGAGACUUAUAACUCGCUGGCCAAAAUCACUGAACCGGAAAUACAGCGAUGUAGUUUAUCAUUUGCAAUUCUGCAUCUAUUGGCUACUGGGGUACAUGAUAUCUUCAGUUUUGAAUUUAUGGAUAAACCCAAACUGGAUGAUCUCAAGUUCGCCCUGGUUCAUUUGGCCCUCCUGGGUGCUCUAGAUUCGGGCUCAAAGAUUAAUGCGCUUGGUCGACAGAUGGCGACGCUACCUCUAGACCCGCCCCUUGCCAGAUGCCUCUUGGCUUCGUUCGACCAUCGAUGCGCCUCAGAGAUGAUCGACCUGAUUGCACUCUUAGAGCAUUCCGAUACCCUCUUGGUGAAUACGAUCAGUACCCGGGAAUUAGCGCAGGAAGCCAGAAGAAAGUUUAUCCAUCGAGAUGGGGACCAUUUGGUUCUCUUGAACAUCCUCAAAGCUUACCAGAGCACCUCCGAGAAUUGUCAAUCACAAGCCAAGAUGAAGAUCGAACAGAAGGCUUGGUGUAAGGAGAACUUCAUCAACCCGAAGGCGCUGAGUAAUGUGCUCGAAUCCAGGAAACAGCUCCGGGAUCGUUGUAAACGGUUGGGCUUGGAUUGGAGCCAGUCUAGUCGUGAUCCGCAGGAAUCAGGCGAGAUGAUUUCUAGUGUCGCAGAAGAAGACUCGUCCCCGAUCCUCUGUAGUCUGCUUGCCGGUCUGGCCACCCAACUAGCCAUCAGACAACCCGACCAAAGCUACAUCAACCCCAUCACCAAAGUGCAUGUCAAGAUCCAUCCAUCCUCGAGUCUUUAUGGUAAGGGCGUCGAGACGUUUAUAUACCACGAACUGGUUCAUACCUCUUCAACUUACGCUAGGAUGUGUAGCGUGAUGAAGCCUAUUUGGAUUCAGGACCAAACUACUCUCUUCAACUCGGCCUGAUUUGUUUUCGUUCUUUCUUGUAGCACUUGUUUUCAAAUGCCUCAUAGCCUAUUGGCUAAGAAUUACAUACUUUACAGACAUAUAUGACCCACCCAGUUAUUAUUUGUUUGUCAAAGACCAUUGUUUAUGCUUUUUCUAGGACUGUUUAAUACUUGCGCUAAGAAUAAAUACUCAUUUUUCCAGGGUUUUUUUUGUAAUUUUAUUGCCAUUUUGAUUCAAUUUCUUCAUCAAUACCUUUCACUAUUUGGAAUUCACAAAUGCUCUCUUCGCG